CAUGGGAAACUGUGCAAAAGCAUGUUGCAAACACGGGAUAUGUUUGAAGAAAAAUCCGAAAAUAAAACGUACAAUGCCAAGGAUUGGAACAAUGAGACCUGCUGUACAACCAUCGAAUGACAGACGGGUCGGGUGGAGAGAAAAUCUAGUGGAGGAAGAUGACGGGUUAGAAUCAAAACUUCGACAAAGAACCCAAAAGUUAAAUACCGACGAAGAACUCCCACCAAGUGAUAAUGUGGAAAACCAUAGAAAGCGGAAGAAAAAAAGAAGAAAGAAAGAACAGUUUUCAGAUGAGACUAGGCCAUUAGAAAUAGAGUCUUCACAGGUAUGA